AUGACGCAAAGCGCCGAUGAAGCCGAAGACAGCCGCGACGUUUGGGAUUCCCGCAUAUCUUUCAUUUUUGCCGCGACGGGGGGUGCCGUCGGCCUCGGUAACGUCUUGCGCCUUUUUGUCGCCCACUCGGUGUCCUCAGAAGAUGGUGCCGGUGUUGGUUGCUGGAUGUCCAUCUUCGGCAUCGUCUCUUCGGUGCUGCUUUCGUCCGACCCUACAACCUACAGCCCCGAGUUCUUUUUCGAAAACACAAUAAUGAGACGUUUUUGGUAUCUAACGUCUUGCUCGGGCAAUCAACUUACCCCAGACCUGAAUGCCACGAUAUCUAUCGGCGGCCAAUGGAACAUUCCAGCUGCCUGGGGAUUCGUUCUCAACUAUUACGCGGCGCCGACAUUCAACAUCGUUGUUCCCGAACACGAGAGACUCAGGGUCGUUUACCCCAUCAUGGGUGGUAUAAUCUUCUCGAGGGCCAAUGCAGAAGUGACGUUGGACAUCGAUGGGGUACUGCAGAAUGCUGGAGACUCUACUGUCGAGGCUCAAGAAGUCGGCGGCGAAGGAAACCUGACGCCAUAG